AUGUGCAACAUCGUAGAGUGUAAGGCAUUGAUCGGCGAGUUGUCCACAAUCGGUGACAAUCAAAGCAGUGGUGAUAAUAACAAAGUGGAGCGCAUUUGCGAGCGAUUUGAUUAUCUCAUCAGCAAAUGGCAGCCAAACCCGAAACUCAUUGAAUCUCAUGUGAAGUACUUCGUGGGCGCCAUCAUUGAGAGUGUGUUGACCAGCGCUGCGGUCGAUGGCCAACGAUUCACCGCCGCCUUCGCACUAAUGCACCGUUUGGUGGCCUGUAUUGGCCCGAAGUCUGUGCGCCGGUAUUUGCCGAUUGAAGUCCUGUGGUUACCCAAACUGGUCGAGUGGUGCGAACGCCAGACACCCGAAGACACCAAGUCGUGGCCGACGCGAGCGAUGCUACUGUUGUGGCUCUCGAUGGCCGUCAAAACGACUACAAAUCUGAGCAAAUUUGACUCAAAAGCCGAGACAACGAGCGCUCAGAAGACAUUAGUGGAGCGGAUCUAUGCGCUGAUCGAUCGGUAUCUGAAAGCGACCGAUAAGAGCAGGGAUUCGGCCGCCGUAUUAGCCGCAUAUUUCUUCGCGCGGCCCGAUAUUGUGGACCAAUUGUUGAACCGCUUUAUGAGCGAAUCGUUGCCCCAAUUGGAUACCAGUUUAGGUCACGUGAUGGCUGUGGCCGUACUCUUGAAAGUGGCCGAUCGCAAGACUAUAAGUCCGUUCGCCGAACGCCUGCUUGAAAUGUGGGCACAAAUGGACACAACGGGUCGCGAACUGAUGACCAAAUGGAAUGUCAAACUUAUGGGUCGAUCGGCGCUGUCUUUGAUGAGACCCCGAAUCGCCAAAUGGCGGUACAGCCAAGGGUUGCCGUAUAACACUGUUGAGGACCUCGAAGACGACUGCAAUUACAGUGAUAUACCGGAACAGUUGGAAGUGAUAAUCGACUCCCUGUUGAACGCCUUACACCACGAGAACACAACAGUCCGCUCGUCAUCGGCGAAGUAUUUGGCGCGACUCACGAACCGAUUGCCUAUAGAGAUGGCCGAGAAGGUCGUCGACAGUGUCCUCCAGUUGUGCGAAUGGAAAGACUCGGACUCUUCAUCGCACGGCUGUUGCCUAGCGUUGGCCGAACUCACCCGCAGAGGCCUUAUACUGACGGAUCAGUUGCCACAAGUGAUAGACGUUGUGCAGAAAGCGUUGCUUUUUGACGAAAUGAAAGGCUUAUGUUCCAUCGGAUCCAACGUAAGAAGAGCCGCGUGUCACGUGUGUUGGUCUCUAUCGCAUGCGUACAAAACGAUAUUUAUUAAAGAGUUUGUUCACCGAUUGGCGCCGACUCUCGUAUGCGUCGUGUGUUUCGAUCGUGAGCUCAACUGCCGAAGAGCCGCUUCGGCGGCCAUUCAAGAGUUUGUCGUCCGAACACAUGAGUUCCCACACGGAGGAGAAGUAUUGCUUUUGACAGACUUUCACGCGUUGGCCACAAGAAGUCACUGCUAUUUAGACAUCGCCUUGAAAUUGGCACAGAAGCCAGAGUUUGGCGAUUGUCUGGUCCAACAUCUGGUCGACAAAUGCCAGCACUGGGACCGAGAAGUGUGCGAAUUAGUGGCCCAAUCGCUGGGAUUGCUGUCCACUGUUAUCGAUAUGAACCCCUAUUUACCACAAUUACUUGCGAAGAGGGCAUCAAUGGAUCUGAACUCAAGACACGGCUCUAUACUAGCGAUCGGUCACAUCAUUGGCAGUAUUGGCGACAAAAUCAGUCCAGAAUUGAGGGAACAAAUGGAAUCAAUUGCCGUGACUUUGAGUGACAACAACGAGACCUAUCGGACAGGUAUUGAAUAUACAAUCGAUUCGAUGGACAAUUCGGAUACAGAAGAAUCGCUUCAAAUUAUUUUUGAGUCACUCAAUGCAAACACAGUUUGCAGUCAACGGUCGCCGCAAUCAUUACAACCCGUCUUAGAAGUGGAGUCACUAAUUGAACCGUUCGAAGGGCUGGCCGUCAAGAGGUUUGAGGCCAACGAUAAGACGCCGAACGCCAAGAAUGCGGACAAUAAGUGUUUGAAUGAAAACUCUGAGAGCUGUGGCGUCGAGUCCGACGACUUUGCAGAGUAUCUGAAGAGCGGAAACCACGAGUCGUACUCCAGAAACGACGACAACUCGGAAGAGAUUCAGUCGUUGAAGAAUACCAAACGAUUCCACUUCUAA